AUGCAUAUAAUAUAUAUCUUAUUUUUGUGUAUUUUGCCAUGUAUUGCUAAACCAAAUCAAUGUUCUCCUGUAUUAGAUUCAAUAUAUCCAUGGAUGCGAUUACCUGAAACUCCAAGCUUGCCAGAACCUCUUCAAGGUUCAACUGUUAAAAUUAAUGGUGUUACUAUAUGGUACGCUAUAUAUGGCCCGAAAGAUGCUCCUCCUGUUCUUUUUAGUCACGGUGGCUUUGGUCAUAGUGCUUAUUGGGGUUUACAAAUUAAAGCACUUAUGUCAAAAUACCGAUGUAUUGUUAUGGACUCAAGAGGACACGGACGAAGUACAGUGUCAUCUGCUGGUAUUACAUAUGAUCUCAUGGCAUCUGAUAUUGUUGGAUUAUUAAAUUAUCUUGGAAUACAAAAAGCACAUAUGGUUGGUUGGAGUGAUGGAGCAAUUAAUAUUCUUAAUGUAGCAAUGAAGUAUCCAAACAGACAACUUUCAGUGUUUGCAUUUGCUGCAAAUUAUAUUCCUUCUGGAGUAAAAGAUAUAUCUGCAUCGCCUGUUUUCACUGGAUUUCUUACUAGAUCACAAUGCGAGUAUAACUUAAUUAAUCCACAGAAGAACUAUACGUAUUUAAAUAGUUGUUUAAUGACAAUGUGGGCAACUCUACCAAAUUGGAAUCAAAAAGAUUUUGCCAAAAUAACUAACAACAUACCAGUUUGGAUCGUUGAUGCUGAUCAUGAAGAAGCUAUUUAUCGAGAUCAACCAGAUACAAUGACUACUUGGAUAAAACAAUCAGGAGAAUUGAUUUUACCAACCACAAGUCAUUUUUCAUUUAUGCAAAAACCUGAAAUGUUUACUCAAAGUAUAAAAAGACUGUUAGAUUCAUGCUAUGAAUAA